GAGCGGGGUGUGAAACAGAGUAAAAGUAACAAAAGGAGAGAAAGAGAAUAAGAUCUUGAAUGCAAGACGCAAAUCGAGAUCACAUUAUGGCCCCCAUUGGCUCCCUCCGUCCAAAAAUAUCCCUGUCAUGCUUUUCUUCAAUAUUAUCCUUAAUCAACUAACCUCCGUCUUCAAACAACCCCCUAAAUCCACACUUCGCACCAAUUGAUAUUGCCCACCCUCCCCCUGGAAAAUCUAGUUGAUUCCUUCGAGCCGCCCCCCACAUCCUGCGCGAAACGCUGUGAGGUGCAAAGGAGGGGAAAAGUUACUCUUCAUUGGCAGGGCGCAAUCAUGGCUGAUAGUGAUCGGAAGCGCCCGCAGUCCGACGAUCCCCAACCGCAACCUGCAUGCGAUGCCAUUUCUCCCUCUAAACGGUCAAGUAGCCAUUCCAAUCAGAAUGAUAACGUUGGUGACGAGAGUGACGAGCGGCGCGUAUUCUCGCUAGCCCUGCGCGACAAUGUCCAAAAGGCACACGCACCUCCGGACAAAAAUGAUAGCGACAGUGACGAUGACGAUUACACCUCAUCCUCCGGGAGUGAUAGUGACGAAGACGACGAGAUUGACGAUGAGGAAGACGACCAAGAUCGUGAUGUAAAAAGUGACAAUGGCUCUGAUCAUUCUUUACCGCGCAUACCUGCUCUACAAAAACCUCAAAUACAUCGUAUCGAGAAAAACCCUGAUCUCCUCUCCCGACUGUCUGCGUUUCUUCCGCAAAUGAAAAGCGCCAAUGAUAAACUACAGCAAGAGAUAGAGGCUGGGAGGGGGAAGGACCUGAGGUUGGACGAGGUGGAUGAUCAAACUGAUGGCCAAUAUAUUGAAAUGAACCUGGGCCUAGGCGUCCUGGAAGAGAAACGCCCGGCCGACGGCGUCGUCCCUAGUGCAAAGAGCGAAGGUUCGGACGAAGGCCCUGCAGACAGCCACGCAAAAUCACACCCGAAUGCGCCAUCCGAGUCGAACGUAUUGGAGACGUUGAUGGGAAACCAAGAUGCUACAUCGUCGAAAAAGCCAACCAUUGAGGAAAUGAACGAAUAAAAAACAGUAAACGUGGGAUUGGGUUGCAUGGACGGCGCUUACGGAUGUGAUAUGUUUUCACCUACAUAUUGGAUGGGCUUUUUGUGCGUGUUCAACUUAUUGUAUGAUAUAUUCUCUGCUUGGCCUUUGGUGAGUCCUCGACGUGGGAUCUAAAAGUUUUUUGUUAUGUCGUCACUAGAAGAAUAGACUAGAGUAAUUGUAUGGCUUGCUCG